AUGGAAUUCAGCUCCUGGCCGGCAGUCGACAGCUUGCGAGUUGCCCCGCUAGACAUUCGUGGGCGCCACAAGUGGAUGUUCCAGAGACGAGGCAUUCCGUCUCACGGUUUUCAUGGCGUGCACACCGCUCGCCGCAGGGCCUGGUACUGGUGGUGCCGUUCUUGUCUACUGGCUUGUGGCCUGGGCGUCUCUUUUGGGAUGAUGGCACCCCUUACACUUUUCCAAACUAUGUUGCACAGGACGUCUCCGCCUUUGACAAGCCUUGAGCUUCUCAAGAGGAGGCCCUCCGGUCGGGGCUGCAGCAUCAGCAGGAAAGCAUUCAAGGCAUCGUCCACAGAUGUCUCGACCGACAAUGCGCAACGUAGAGACGAGGAUUUCUUGGCUCGUGUACAUGGCCUCGCCAAAGAGGCGCUGACGUGGCCCCAUCUCACGGAGGAGUUGAAGUUGAUGUGGGCAGCGGCACUGCAGACUGACACUGUACCUCUUCAGGAGUUGCCUCCCUGGUUCUGGGAGCGACAGAACCUCUCGCGCCGCAGCAUGGGUAUUGACCUCAUCAGCCUUGAUGCACAGCAAGCGGUGCUGUGCCGCAAUUCGGACAUCAAUUGCUCUGUACUUCACUGUGACAUCAAGCGCUUUCUGCGCACCGCCAGAUGGGUUUGCAAGGUCGAAGAUAUUCUCCUGCUCACCAACCGGGGCACGAAGCUGCAGGCCGAAUCCGAGCGGUGGCUCCGAAAAUAUGGUGCAAAGCACCGAACCAUCAGCAAGACCGAGAUCCGCAGGCUGUCAGCCAGCAUUCCACAACCACACGGCGGCUUUCCCGAGGCAACCGUGCAGCCUUUGUGGCCUUGCCAGCAGGCUUGUUUGGAUGCAUGUGCGAAGGGGGCUCGAGUGAUUGAGAUGGCUUGCGGCACGGGAAAGACGCGAGUUAUCCGGGAGCUGACUCAGAACGUCUCCGGCAAGGUGUUGAUCACCGUGCCUUCGCGCUUGUUGCUGGAGCAGUUUGCAGCCGAUUUCCCCAGCUUCUGCAAGGUGGGGACUGGCUACAACAACCGCAUCAAUAGGUGUGCUUCCGGCUUCAUCGCAGUGACGGAUUCUGUAAACCUCCUCCAAGAUUGUCGAUUCAAAGCUGUCUUCGUGGAUGAGGCUCACCAUCCGUUGCCUUCUGAAAUGCCUGAAUGUGAGGAGCUCUUCCUUUUCUCAGCAACUCAUUCGAUGGAGACAGACUACGAGUAUGGCAUGGGACAAGCUAUCCAGGAAAGGGUCCUGUGCGACUAUGAUCUCACAGUGCCGAUAAUCACCGAGGGUCAUCCAUAUUCGAGCCUUGCGAGGCUUCUCCACACGAGCCAGGGUCGCUUCAGGAGGGUGCUGGCCUACUGCAACUCUGUAGCUGAAGCUAAGCGAGCACAGCAGGUCUUCGCGACCUGUGAUAUAGCUGUCUGGCACAUCAAUUCAGACACCAGUCGACUGAAGAGGCAAAGCGUCAUUCAAGAGUUCUCAGGCGACCUGCAGCGACCGGUCCAUGUCCUUGUGACAGUUCAGGUGUUGGGCGAAGGUGUGAACAUCCCCAACGCAGAUACCUGCAUGUUCGUGCAGCCACGCAACAGCUACACCAGCAUAGUUCAAGCGGUUGGCCGUAUCUUGCGACAGCACAUUUGCAAACCCAUGGCUCAUGUCAUUCUUCCAGCAGUGGCUGUGUUCUCCAAGGAACCCCUAGCUGCUUGUGAGUCGAACACCGGAGGAGGUCGCUUGUCAGAACCGGAUAUUUUCCGGAGUGCCACCCAGACUGAAUCGCAAGCUGCUCCUGAAUUUGCUGCAGAGCGGCGUGCGAACCGCCAGGCGAGCAUUGAUGCCACAGAGCCGAUAUCUGCAUUUCUCGGUCAAUCCAAAAAGCUGGGCAGCAGUGAAAGCAAGGCAAGUUCAGAAGUCUUUGCCUUCCCACGUGCAGCCGAGAAGCAGAGGCGAAGCUUUCGUCAGGCAGGCGUUGCUUCAGAAAGUGUAAACCUCGGCAACAAAGUUCGUCAUGAUUCAUGGGUCGCUGGUCCUGACGCCAAAUGCCGGAAUUGCAGGCCGCCUGUGAAACAAGGCGACACAUCUGGCACCAUCAUCAAGCGCAGGGUUCUCCAAAAAAGGAGGUUGAAGCUCUCUAGCGCCACGUGUAUGCAGAUGGGUGACGUGUACGGCUCGCAGCUCGACCGUUUUUUGUCCAUCAUCGCUCAUGCUGACAGCGGCCUUGCCAGCUGCUCGAGCUCCUUGCGCUUCCGCCUCGGCUUUGUGGACUGCAGAGCCUCGGUAAAUUCCAACAUCAUGAGCGUCACUCAAGAAGUCAUGUACAGGCUGGAGACUCUGCUGCAUAACACCGAUCGUUGGGAUGGUCGCUUUGAAGAAAUGCAAAGCUUCGUCCAAAACUAUGGGCGACUUCCGACCAAUAUGGACAAGGAGCAGAGGUCGCUAGUCAAUUGGAUUAAGAACACGGGGGCGAGGUCGAAACAGGGCAAGUUGCCAGCGCACAGGCUCCAAAAGUUUCUUGACUCGCCGUUCCCAGCCAUACGGAAGCGAGCAGCUGCUUGGCAAGAUCCCACUGUCCGUUUCAGGAGUUUCUGCAACAGGUUGCGGGACUAUGUUUUGAAGUUCCAGGUCGUUCCAAGGACACCCCCACUUCUGGGCUCAGCAGAUGAUGCUGAAGGCAAGACAUUGGCAGUUUGGCUGCAAGGGCAAAGGAGAACGGUGAGAACACUGCUCCACAGCAGCUUCAGUCGAACACGGGCAGACGCAGCUUUUAGGAGAGAUGCGAUCGCGGCUCUGCAUCCCCUGGUUGCCGACUGUGUCGAGUCAUGGAAGAAGCCCAUGAGCUUGAGGUCUCGCAAGGAGUCGGAGAAAAGAUGGAGAGAAGUUGUCGCAUUCGUCAACCGGACAGACAGCAUUCCGAAGUCCAAUCAAGGCAAACUGCAGAAUCGUUUGUUUCAGCGGCUGGUAAGGCUGAGACAUCGGUUGCAUUGGCUGGCGGGAGAGGAGCAGCACAAGAUCUUGAAUUCUCACCGGCGCAUCACCGACUUCAUGAACAAGCGUUUCUAA